AUGGCAGAGGCUGUGGAGAGAAGUAGGGAAGAGGAUGAAGAAAUGACAAAAAUAACGGACGAGUUUUUGGAGGUUUUUAAAACGGAUGCCUGUGCAUUGAAAGCGAGGACAGCAGAUGAAAUCGCAAAACCCCAUAUCGUUUUCCUGUCAAGCCCAGGCAUGGGCCACAUCAUCCCUCUCCUCGAGCUUGCUAAGCGACUAGUUACCUAUCAUGAUUUCCAUGUAAGCUUCCUUGUCAUCACAACCAACGAAGCCUCUGCGGCCCAGGAACAGCUCCUCCGAUCACCAACUCUUCCUUCUGGACUUGACAUCGUCGAGCUUCCUCCAGUCGAUGUUUUUUCCCUCACCACAGAUGAUAUGCUGGUGCUUACUCGCGUCUGUGUCAUUGUAGAAGAGAGUCUCAAGUCUCUGAAGCAUGUCCUCGUAGAGUUGGGCAACAUAAAAGCACUUGUUGUUGAUUUGUUCUGCACCCAAGCUUUCCAGGUCUGCCGUGAAUUAUCAAUCCCAGUUUACUCGUUUUGUACUGGAUCCAUCGCUUUGCUUACCCUUUCUCUUUAUCUUCCUACUCUUGACCGUGAAGUGGAUGGCGAGUUCGUUGAUCUCCCUGAACCGAUUAAGGUUCCUGGUUGCACCCCAAUUCGAACUGAGGAUCUGCUGGACCAAAUCAAGAACCGGAAAAUCGAUGAGUAUAAAUGGUAUUUACUUCAUGUGAACAGGUUGCCUUUGGCAGCUGGGAUAUUUCUCAACUCGUGGGAGGAUCUUGAACCAGCUGGGCUGAAAGCUGUAACAGAGAAUUCAUUUUUCAAACAAAUACCCACACCACGGGUUCAUCCUAUAGGACCACUGAUCAGACAGGAAGAAACACUAACUGCUGCUGCCUCGAACACAGAAUGCGUUGCAUGGCUAGACAAGCAACCUCCUGGCUCUGUUCUCUUUGUAUCCCUAGGCAGCGGUGGCACCUUGACAGCAGAGCAACUCACUGAACUGGCAUGGGGUUUGGAACUGAGCCAGCACCGGUUCAUCCUGGUUGUACGUUCACCGACAAAUAGUAGUGCCUCUGCUGCAUUUUUUAACGUAGGAAGUGAAGAUAACCAUCCAAAGGCUUACCUACCAGAAGGAUUCUUGGACAGGACUGAAGAAAGGGGACUGGUGGUUCCAUCAUGGGCUCCCCAGGAGCAUGUGCUUAAACACCCAUCAACCGGAGGAUUUCUAUCUCACUGCGGGUGGAACUCAAUACUCGAGAGCGUGACUUAUGGUGUACCAAUCAUUGCAUGGCCGCUCUAUGCAGAGCAGAGAAUGAACGCCACAAUGCUAGCUGAGGAAGUUGGGGUGGGGAUCAAGCCAGAAGUGAGAGAGGGAAAUAGUACGAUUGGCCGUAAAGAGAUAGAGAGAGUGGUAAGAAUUGUGAUGGAAAGUGAAGAUGGUAAGUUGAUGAAAAUAAAGGCUUUAAAGCUACAAGAAAGUGCUGCCAAAGCUUUAAAUGCUUGUGGAUCGUCCUAUGAUUCCCUUGGUCGUGUGGUCGAGGAAUGGAAGGCUGAGCCCAAAUGCACAUGCAUCGAAUAAUUUCCUCAUAAGCAUAGAUGGGCAAUUUCCACAAAGUUGACUUGUCCAUAACGAUGAAUAAGAGAAUACAUAAAUAAAAGUGCACUAAAUAAAUUUCAAAAAGCUGCCACGAAGAUUAUGUUCGCUAUGAAUUAUCAAAGUACUUUAUUCGAUUCACCAACAUAAUU